UACAUUGUCAUAUGCUCCUAGAAGAUGCCCUGUGCCGUGGCUAAAGAAUACAGGAGAUUUUUCUCUGAACGUGAGCAGCAGGAACAUGCUGGAAUUGCACUGCAGGCGCCUUACCAGCUACUCUGUCCCUUCAGGCAUUCUGCACCUUCUCUUCCUGUUGACUGAGGGAAAGUGUAUGGUAAUGAGUUGAACCUGCUCAUUGACUACCUGGAAAGGAGGAAAAGGCAACUGGAAGGCUUGGAGACACCAACUCUUUGGCUAGCAAGUGAUCAUUCCUCAUUUCAAGGCACAAAUACCCCCUGUCAUGGGCAAACUGCCUCCACUUCUUCCAUCCCCUGGAAAAGGGAUCCUUCUCAGGCCCUCAUCCUCCUGCCCCCCUUCCUGCCAAGUCCCCCUCAUUAAGGGACAGGCCAGGUGGCACUCUCUUUCCACCACCAGUUCUUCAGUCAGUGCUGCACAAGCAGACAGCUCAACCCAGGUCUUUGGUGAACUAAGAAAAGCUCCCUGAGCCAGGAGAACAAGAUGGCUGCUGCCCCAAUGGCAGCCUCACCCUCCUUCAAGGACCAAGGCCCCUGCUGACCUGCAGCACCGAUGUCCAGGCAGUGGAUAUGAAUGUGUUUCCCUUCUGUUCGAUACAUGGUCCUGUGGAAACGUUUUUCAUAUUUGGAGUCUCUUUGUGCCAAACUAGAGAUUUGUGGAAGAUGUGUUAAGAUGCUGAGAGGAAAACUAGAAGGCGUGAGCCAAAUUAAGAGGCUGUCGCAGUGAGGCCAGUGAUGAUGGAUUUCCGAAAGCACGAGGAGAGGUGAAGAGGAAGGAGCAGUGGAUUUCAGAAACGGAGACUCUCAGAGAAGAUUUCAGAUAAUCAUGGGGACUAAAGGAACACUGAGAGGCGUGAAGCUCAAAAAUAGCCCGAGCCCACCCCUCCUAUCAUGCCUUACACAGGGGUUAAAUGGGAUUUCUGGACCAAAGAAUUACUGAUUUAGGGAACAUUAAAAGAAGAUUGUAUUUAUCAACGGUCCAUAAGGAACUGUCCUCAACUCCUCUCCAUGCAAAAAUCCCACUUUUCAUGAUCAAGCGCAAAAUUUGGUGCAAUCUAUGUAUAGACUUGGUAGCAUUUACCAGUGAAAUAUUCAAGGGAGCAGUUUUCCAGUCAUUGGAUGGAAUUAUUGUCUCUGCUAACUGUAAGCUACGGAAGAUCUUUACUUUAAAAUGCAAGCCUCAAGACACCGUUGAUAAAGACGCUGGAUAUGGGGUUCCCUUUCCAACCAAUGAACCUACAGACAUUAUUCCUCGAAGCUGCCAGCUGACAACAGAUGUUCCACAAGUCACACAGCUGCUAAACAUGACUAAGCUCCGCCAAACCGAAAUAAAAUUUGGAGGUCAUCCCCUGAAUUCAGCAGAAUCAGAUCAGUUCAUUAACAAGGGAACAGGCAGUGUGCGUACCAGUAAAAAUCAUGAUGUUUGUCAUAUCGCCUUUGGAUCCAGAGUACUUGGACCACCUCCACUCUCUGGCAGAAGAAAUAACAUGAGGAUAUCCAGUGAGACAAUAAGAUCCAUUGGGUCCAGAAAUAACCGAUCAUGCCAACAGUCUAUGGCAGAGAACUGUGUUAGCAGUGCAGAAAUGUCAGCCUCACUGAUACCUGCGUCGGAGGAGCAAAGACAUAAAGAAAAUAUUUGCCAAAUAAAGCAGACCGUACCUAUUCAUGCUGAUCUGCAUGUUAUGCACCCACAUCCCCCUCAAGAACCAUCAGCAGAUAAGAAUAAUAACAGGAGAAGAUUACGAUUAAAAAGCACCAACAGAGAAAGGACAGAGGCACACCGAGACUGUUCUUCAGGAAAUAACAGGAAUGAAGAUAAAGCGACAACCCCCCUCAACAGUGUGUCCCAACAGAAAGCAGAGAUGAGCCCAAGCUCUCCAGCACCACAGUCUCCUGAUCAAGCAGAUGAGUGGAUAUUUCCCGAAAAUGAUCACAUUUCCCAUUUGGCGUCCAGCAGACAGUCUCUCCUUCUGGAUGAUGACUCCCGCCACACUUCACACCUGUGGCUAGAAGCCAGCAAGGAAAGUGAACGUGACCAACUGGCAGAGGAAACCCAGGCUGUUCCAAAGGACAUUUUCACUUUUUCAUCAAGACCGCGAUCAGCACCUCAUGGAAAAACUCAAACUCUGUCCCCAGAGGGGUGCCCAUUUAUUUUGGAUCUAAAAGAGGAUACCAGUGUGACAAGGAGAGACACUGAAUCGGAGGAUGAUUUUUAUGGCGGUGACAGCAGCGAAGAGGGUAACUACAGUAUCCAGGGUUCCUUGGGCCCAACAACUAGCCCUUCAGGGUUAACUCAGUUAACAGUAGAGAGCACGCGGGGGACGGCUACAAGGCGGACAGAUACAGGACCUCUAAAAAGUGUCUACGCAGAAGCAAGAGCAUCAGAAAGCCAGAAUUCCUUGGCGAAGCAGAUAGAUAGAAAAGACUUUCAAACGAGUUUGGUGCCUACACCAUGCCAUUCUCCCCCCAGAAGAAGUGAAUCCUCUCAGAAAACUCCAGAUGCUGUUAUCAAAGCAAAGGACCUACCAGCCCAUCAAGUACCAACUUCAAUAAACAAAACGUCCCUAAAGGAAAUCUCGGGAGAAAAGCUGAGACCGAUUCCUGAAGUAGCUAAAAGAAGAGAAGACAGUAGCUGUCUCAAAGAGUCCUCCGAGAAAGAAUAUGACUGGAGGAACUAUCAGCCCAGCCAGAUGAGUGAAUCUGAGUUGCAAAUGCUGGCCAGCCUGCGGCGGCAACAGAAUGAAGAACUGGAGGAUAUGGGGGCUUCCCAUGGCCUGAGUGCUUCCCAGGUGGACAACUGUAAUGUCAGCAUUAGCACCAGCAGUGACGACACAACCACCUGGAACUCCUGCCUGCCACCUCCCGUCAACCAGGGUCAUCAUUAUCAGCAAGAAAUGAAUCCACCUUCUCCUUCUAAUCCCCGUGCUCCUCACCACCUGGUAUCUUCUUGCUUGUUUGCCUGUUGUCUACACACACACACACACACACACACACACACACACACACACACCUCCAGAAUACACUGGAAUGUAAACUGCUUGGGUCUGGGGACUUUAUCUCUCCUGCUCACUAUAUCCCUGGCUCGUCAAACAGUGCCAAGCACAGAGGAGACGCUCAAGAAAUAUGUAUUGAAUCUCACAAGAAUGAAUUUCCCCAUCUCCCUACACCAGCUGCCUCACCAUGGAUUGAACUACUAGCUGGAACCCAGAAAGAAACACCUACAUACUUUCCUCCCUUGAGGGCCAGUGGGACCUGGCCCUGUUCCUACAUGUAGCAAAUGAAAUCUCAUGAAAUUGUUUUAGAUGAGCCCUUAGAAGAUAGCCAUAAUCUAAAGUCUCCAAUAAAGUAUCAUUUUAAACCUUUCAA